AUGGUGAGGAUCUUAGGAUUGACUCGUGGGGAGGUCGAUGAACCCAGGGAAAUUGUGUCGAGGUCUAAUUUGACAAGUGAGUCCAGUGAAAAUGGGUGGCUCAUCAGGUUCUUUGACUCAUCGUUCUUCUGUGAGUGGAUUGCUGUUAGCUACUUGUACAAGCAUGAUCACUCCGGGGUGCGUGAUUAUCUCUGUAAUAGAAUGUACACACUUCCUUUGCAUGGAAUUGAGAGUUAUUUGUUCCAAGUAUGUUACAUGAUGAUACACAAGCCAAGCCCAUCUCUGGAUAAGUUUGUCAUAGACGUGUGCUCCAAGUCGCUUAAGAUUGCUUUGAAGGUGCAUUGGUUCUUAUUGGCAGAGCUUGAGGACUCAGAUGAUAAUGAAGGAAUUAGUAGGAUUCAGGAAAAGUGCCAGAUUGCAGCCACCUUAAUGGGUGAGUGGGUGCCCUUGAUACGGCCCCAAAGUGCACCUACAACCCCUGGAGGCAAGAACCAAGUUUUGUAUAAGAUAUUGUCGUCAAAACAGCGAUUGUUGUCACUAACAUCUUCACCGCCUACUCAGAGGUCUCUGUCAUUUUCACCUUCAUCAGGAAGCAACUUGCAGGAGGAUGGUAGUCCGCAUUCUCCUGACGAAAACAAGUUAUUUAAAAAAUUCAUGCCGGGUUCAAAGGUUAGAGAUGCUUUGCUUUUUAGAAAGUCAGGGGAGAAAGAUGAUGAUGAGUCUGAAAAAGAUGGUUUUUUCAAGAGACUUUUAAGAGAUAGCAAGGGUGAAGAUGAAAUGGGCCAAAAGAUUCGUGAUGCUUUUCUCUUCCGUAAGUCUUCUGAGAAAUAUGACGAAGAUUCUGAAAAGGAUAAUUUCUUUAAAAGGUUCUUAAGGGAUGGCAGAGGGGAUGAUGAAGAAUCUGAAAAGGAUGGUUUCUUUAGAAGGCUUUUAAGAGACAGUAAAGUUGAGGAUGAGGAUCUGCCCUCUAGUUCAGAGGGAUUCUUUAAGAGAUUGUUUCGGGAUAGCAAGAAUGAUUCUGAGGAUAGAACGCCCAAUAAGACCAUGGAGGAUGAAGAAAAAGAGGGGUUUUUUCGAAAGUUUUUCAGAGAGAAACCUGAGGAUAAGAAGGAUGGGAAUGAUGUAGGAGAUAUUGCAAAUUCUGAAGAGAAAUGUGCAAAGCCUGCUGAAGAGGAUGAAAAAGAAGGGUUUUUCCGGAAAUUCUUUAAGGAUAAAUUUGAUGACAAGAAAGAUACAGGUGACAAAAUUGAAGAUGGUACAACCAAUGCUGAAGAAGAACCUUCUGAAUUUUCUUUGUUCAAGAGAAUUUUUCGUGUCCAUCCUGAAGACAGUAAAAGUAGUUCACCCAGUGAAAGCAAUGGUGGUUUGUUUGAAAGUAGUCCAGGUACUGAGAAUUUUUUCCGCAAAUUGUUCAGAGACCGUGACCGAUCAAUUGAAGAUUCUGAGCUAUUGGGGUCAAAAAAGCAGAAAGAGAAGCAUCCCGGAUCACCAAAGCAGCGAAAUGAGAAAUCAAGAACAAAACCCCCGCUUCCAAUGAAUCCAUCACAGUUCCGUAAAGGAGCUUACCACGAAUCAUUGGAUUUUGUGCUUACAUUAUGUGAGACAUCUUUUGGGCUAGUGGAUGUAUUUCCAGUAGAAGAUCGCAAAGAUGCCCUGCAUGAGAUAUAUUCCAUUCCACUCAGUGACUCACCAUUAGAUGACCUAACAGGCAUGUACCGUGUGCUUCAUAUACCAGAAGAUGAAGCUGUUCUCUUGAAUUCUAGGGAGAAGGCACCUUACUUGAUUUGUGUUGAAGUUUUGAGAUGUGAAAUGCCAAGCAAUUCCAAGGAGACAUCUAGUUCUCAGAAACUUUCAAAAGGGGGCAUCCCUUUGGCAAAUGGAGAUGCUUUCUUGCAAAAACCACCCCCUUGGGCAUAUCCAUUAUGGACAGCUCAAGAAGCAUAUCGCAAUAGCAAUGAUAGAAUGUCCAGAUCAACUGCUGAGGCCAUUGACCAGGCAAUGACCCAUGUGUCUGACGCAAGAGUCAAAUUUGUUAGUGUGAAUCUUUUUGUGGUAGCUCCAUUACAUGGUCAGUCAGAGAAUAAUGAAGCAGAUCUAUGUGGUGGCAAUAGGCAUCCUUCAAUGUACAGAGAUGGUAUACAAGAUGUGGCAAGGUCGGGACCUGACAGUGAUAUGGAGUGGGUGCAGGUAGUGUUGAAAGCUGAUCCUGGGCUAAAAAUGGAAGAUAUUGAGGAACAAACACCAAGACGGCGGAAGGAACAUCGACGUGUACCAAGUACAGUGGCAAUAGAGGAAGUAAAGGCUGCGGCAGCAAAGGGAGAAGCACCCCUUGGACUGCCUUUGAAAGGUGCUGGUCAAGAUUCAUCAGAUGCACCACCAAGGGCUAACGGCAUUACCCCCAAAGCUAGUGAUGCCUUGUCUGGUGAACUUUGGGAGGUAAAAAAAGAGAGGAUCCGUAAGGCUUCAAUCCAUGGGAAUGUACCUGGUUGGGACUUGCGAUCUGUUAUUGUAAAGAGUGGGGAUGAUUGUAGGCAGGAGCAUCUGGCAGUUCAACUUAUUUCACACUUUUAUGGUAGGUGGUCUCUUUCAGACUUUUCCUAUGCCCCCUCAUAUUCAGAACUUACCAGUCCUGUACCAAUGUUGUUUGAUGUGCUGCAAAAAUGUAGGGAGGAGAAAGUGGAAUAUAUUUUCCAAGAAGCUGGCCUACCACUCUGGCUACGCCCGUAUGAAGUGUUAUGUACUUCUUCUUACAGUGCUCUUAUUGAAACAAUUCCUGAUACGGUGAUUCCAUGA